AAAAAAGCCCAGCAGGUAAUGGCCAAGUCAGAACCCCCAGGCUCUUGAGCUAGUAACUGCUCGCAGAAGGUCCUCGGUCUUGGAAGAAGUUGCCUCCCAAGGUCUCUCUAACUAGCCUGCGCAACUCCCGGUCUCCGAUAAGCAAAAAAACCCAUUUCACAGAGCAGCCUCCUUCCCCAAUCCGGUGCGUACGCGCGAGUCAGCCAACCGCCGCGACAGCGCAGGCGCCGCUCUAGCCCGCGCGGCGCAGUCGUCCCACAUCUCGCUGGUAAUGACGCACAUCCGGGCGGUGGGGGAGUCAAGAUGGCGGCGCCCAUGGAGGUGGCCGUGUGUACGGAUUCGGCGGCCCCACUGUGGAGCUGCGUUGUGUGGGAACUGCACUCGGGCGCCAACCUGCUCACGUACCGCGGCGGCCAGGCGGGACCUCGCGGCCUGGCGCUGCUCAAUGGCGAAUACCUGCUGGCGGCGCAACUGGGCAAGAACUACAUCAGCGUCUGGGAACUACAACGGAAGGACCAGCUUCAGCAAAAGAUCAUGUGCCCUGGGCCUGUCACCUGUCUGACCACGUCACCCAACGGCCUUUACGUCCUUGCAGGAAUUUCAGAAAACAUAUACCUGUGGGAGGUCUCCACGGGUAAUCUUCUGGUCAUCCUUAGCCGGCACUACCAGGACGUCUCCUGCCUGCAGUUCACAGGGGACAGCAGCCACUUCCUCUCAGGGGGCAAGGACUGCCUGGUGCUGGUGUGGAGCCUCUGCAGUGUGCUACAGGCUGACCCCUCCAGGAUCCCGGCCCCCCGGCAUGUCUGGUCUCAUCACACACUCCCCAUCACAGACCUGCACUGUGGCUUUGGGGGGCCCCUAGCCCGGGUAGCCACCGCCUCACUGGACCAGACUGUGAAGCUGUGGGCGAUCUCUUCAGGUGAGCUGCUGCUCUCAGUGCUCUUUGACGUGAGCAUCAUGGCAGUGACCACAGACCUGGCCGAGCACCACAUGUUCUGUGGCGGCAGCAAUGGCUCCAUCUUCCAGGUGGACCUCUGCGCCUGGCCUGGGCAGAGGGAGCAGAGCUUCCAGCCGGAGCAGGAUACCGGGAAAGUCUUCAUAGGGCACAGGAACCAGGUGACCUGCCUGUCAGUGUCCACUGAUGGCAGUGUGCUGCUCUCAGGCUCCCAUGAUGAGACCGUACGCCUCUGGGAUGUUCAAAGCAAGCAGUGCAUCCGGACCAUGGCACUCAAAGGCCCUGUGACCAAUGCUGCCAUCCUGCUGGCACCCCUGAGCAUGCUGAGCUCGGACUUCAGGCCUAGCCUGCCACUGCCUCACUUCAACAAGCACCUACUGGGCGCUGAGCAUGGGGAUGAGCCACGCUGUGGGGGCCUCACAUUGCGCCUGGGUCUGCACCAGCAGGGCUCAGAGCCUAGCUAUCUGGAACGGAUGGAGCAGCUACAGGCAGUCAUGUGCACCACGAUGGAGAAGAAUGUCCUGGGCGGUCAGGACCAGCUACGGGUUCGUGUGACUGAGCUGGAGGACGAGGUGCGCAACCUGCGCAAGAUCAACCGGGACCUCUUCGACUUCUCCACACGCAUCAUCACCCGGCCAGCCAAGUGAACCAGGGCUGCCUCAGGUGCAGACCCCUGUCCCAGUUGGAGACCCUCGGCCACCGUGCACCCCCAGGCCAAGUGGAGUUCAGGCUGCUGCAGUAGCUAAACCCAGCGAGCCUCCUGGGAUCCAGGGCCAGCAGAGAUGGCUACCAGCACACUCCAGGGCCAGGCUCGCUGUGCCAGUUUUGUAUUAUGUUUGGGGUUUUUACUCCUGUGAUGGGGUGGAUUUGUCUCAGUGCACUGAUGUCUUAUGUCACCUUAGGUUGUGUUGGUGCCGGUCUGUUUCUAACAAAAGAUGAUACGAAAGUUC